GAGCAUAAGAGAGACAUUUGUAAGUUACAGUCCUCUGUGGCCGCAGGGUGCCUGGAAUCUCCGGGUUAUUUGGGCGGAGGAAUCACGGAGAGCGGGGAGGAAGAAGAGGAAGACAAUUUUCAGGCUUACGAUUCUGAGAGUGCAGAGCAACCCUCACCUUCUCACUCCCCUUUCUGUCCCUCCAGCCCUGUUCUCUGGGACACUGCCGUUCUCCAAGAGAGAAGCCAGGAAGGGAAGGCAGAGAUGACUGUUGAACUAGUGAAAGCCAUAUCCCAGGACUUGGUGACAUUCAAGGAUGUAGCAAUAGACUUUUCUCAGGAGGAAUGGGAAUGGCUGAACCCUGCUCAGAGAAGUUUGUACAAGAAUAUGAUGUUGGAGAACUAUCGGAAUCUGGUAUCACUAGGACUUUGCCUCUCUAAGCCAUAUGUGAUCUCCUCAUUGGAGCAAGGGGGAGAGCCUUGGGAGAAAAAGAAUGAGAUGACAGAAAGCCCAGAUUUGGAAUCUAUGUAUGAGACACACGAAUUAUCUCUGAAGCACUUCGUGUAUGAUGAUGUGUUAAUGGAGAGAAUUACAGGCUAUGGACUGGAGCAUUCCACUUUCAGUGAAAACUGGAAAUGUGAAGAUCUUUUUGAGAGGCAGUUGGUAAGUCAAGAGACAUUUAUCAGGCAAGAAGUAAUCACUCAUAACAAAAUCCUCACUGAGGAAAUAGAUCACAAAUGUAACAAAUCCAACAAAUUCGUGCAUCUAGACAAUGUAGAGGAAAAUGUUUAUAACCAUAAAUCAGAUAAAAAAAGCUUUUCUCAAAGUUCCAUGGUAGUAAAACCCAAGAAAGCAUAUUCAGGAAAGAAACUUUUUAAAUGUAAUGAAUGUGAGAAAACCUUUACCCACGGCUCCUCCCUUACCGUUCAUCAGAGAAUUCAUACUGGUGAAAAACCAUAUGAAUGUAAAGAAUGUGGGAAAGCCUUCAACCAGAGUCAGCACCUUGUUCAACAUCAUAGGAUACAUACUGGAGAGAAACUCUUUGAAUGUAAAGAGUGUAGGAAAGCCUUCAGCCAAAAUGUGCACCUUAUUCAGCAUCAAAGAAUUCACACGGGAGAAAAACCGUAUAAAUGUACAGAAUGCAGAAAAGCCUUCAGCCAACCUGCACACCUUGCUCAACACCAGAGAAUUCAUACUGGGGAGAAGCCAUAUGAAUGUAAGGAAUGUGGGAAAGCCUUCAGUGACGGCUCAUCCUUUGCCCGGCAUCAGAGAUGUCAUACCGGCAAAAGACCUUAUGAAUGUAUUGAAUGUGAGAAGGCCUUCCGGCAGAACACGUCCCUUAUUCGUCACUGGAGGUACUACCACACUGGGGAGAAGCCUUUUGAUUGCAUUGAUUGUGGGAAGGCUUUCAGUGAUCACAUAGGCCUUAUUCAGCAUAGGAGAAUUCAUACUGGAGAGAAGCCCUACAAAUGUAAAGUGUGUGGAAAAACCUUCAGUUAUGGCUCAUCCCUUACCGUCCAUCAGAGAAUUCACACAGGAGAGAAACCUUAUGAAUGUGUCAUCUGUGGGAAAGCCUUCAGCCAUCAUGCCUCACUCACACAACACCAAAGAGUGCAUUCUGGAGAGAAACCUUAUAAAUGCAAGGAAUGUGGGAAAGCUUUUAGACAGAGUAUACACCUUGCUAGUCACUUGAGAAUUCAUACUGGUGAAAAACCUUAUGAAUGUAAAGAAUGUGGAAAAGCUUUCAGCAUUAGUUCACAGCUGGCUACUCAUCUGAGAAUUCAUACUGGAGAGAAACCUUAUGAAUGUAAGGAAUGUGGCAAAGCUUUCAACCAGAGGGCACACCUUGCCCAACAUCAUAAAAUUCACACAGGAGAGAAACCUUAUGAAUGUAAGGAAUGUGGCAAAGCCUUCAGCCAGACUACCCGCCUUAUUCAACAUCAGAGAGUUCAUACUGGAGAGAAACCCUAUAUAUGUAGUGAAUGUGGAAAGGCUUUUAGUGACAGCUCAUCCCGUUCUCAGCAUCGGAGACUCCAUACGGGCCAAAGGCCCUAUGAAUGUGUUGAAUGUGAGAAGGCAUUUAGAACAAAAUCCUCCCUUAUUUGUCAUCAAAGAUGUCAUACUGGGGAGAAACCUUAUGAAUGUAGUGUAUGUGGUAAAGCCUUCAGCCAUCGCCAAUCUCUUACUGUUCAUCAGAGAAUCCAUUCUGGAGAAAAACCGUAUGAAUGUCAGGAAUGUGGGAAAACCUUCAGCCAGAUUGGACACCUUAAUCUACACAGAAGAAUUCAUACUGAGAGAGGUCUUAUGAAUGUAAGGAAUGUGGGAAGGUCUUCAGACAAAGUGCACACCUUACUCAUCAUCAGAAAGUUCAUGCUGCAGAGUCCUCUCAGCCAUGCAGCUCUUCCCCACCCCAGAUCUCACCAAGCCCUGUGGAUAUAUCUGCUAGAUAUUUUUGGAAUUCAUCCACUUUCAGUUCUCAUUGCCCUAGUCCAAAACACAGUCAUUUCACGUGGACUAUUCCGGUAUAAAAACUAGUCUUCCAUUCUGUUUUAUUCUCUUCAAGUUCAUCCUUCACAAUAUUGCCAUGGUGGUCUUUUAAAAAUGUAAAUGUAAUUAAACGACCCUCCUCUUAAAACCCUGGUUAUGAAAAUGUAAACUUUCGAUGCGUAUAAAGUGCUUAGCAUAGUGCCUGACCCAGAGCAAGUAGUACUUGGUAAAUGUUAAGGCGGUGUCAUUUAGAGUCUGCUUAAAAUAAUUUUUAAACAGUGAACUCUGGAAAGCAGUAUAUCAGUACUAGGAGAUUAUGAUAAUUUUGGAACUGAAACUAUAUCUUAAGGUGGAUAAUGAGGAUUAGCACGUAGUGGUUUUUUUUUUUUUAAUUUUUUUUUAACUUUUAUUUAUUUUUGAGACAGAGAGAGACAGAGCAUGAACAGGGGAGGGGCAGAGAGAGAGGGAGACACAGAAUCUGAAACAGGCUCCAGGCUCUGAGCAGUCAGCACAGAGCCCGACGCGGGGCUCGAACCCAUGGACCGUGAGAUCAUGACCUGAGCCGAAGUCGGACGCUUAACCGACCGAGCCACCCAGGCGCCCCAGCACGUAGUGUUUUUAAAGUUCAAUGUCCUAACAGAAUAGCAUAGUGGAUUUCUUGUGCCUCCGAAUCUGUAUUCUUUGUUGCUGCAGAAAUUCAGUGUGACCUGAUACAUAGAAUAUAUUUUAGGAAGUGUCUAGAGCUCUGGCUAAUACUGAAACAAAAGAAUUAGAAUUCACUGGUAAGAAGUAUGACUGUGUUUAAUCAAGGAAAAAAAUAAAAAUUCCUUAAUAUUGAAAACUUAAACAGUAGAGACCUUGAAUAAUCUAGCCUAUUUUAAGAUACCUGGGUUCACAGAUUAAUUCCAAACUUUCAAGGAAUCACUAAUUAAACUGUUGUAGAGUAUAGAAAAAAUAUUUAAAAUGCAAUACUUUGAAGUGUUUGGAAUCCUUCUUUCAUGAGGCUAGUUCAAUUCUGAUAUCAGCUCCCCUCAAAAAUGAAAUGAUAGGGGCGCCUGGGUGGCUUGGUCGGUUGAGCAUCCGACUUCGGCUCAGGUCACGAUCUCACGGUCCAUGGGUUCGAGCCCUGCGUCGGGCUCUGUGCUGACAGCUCAGAGCCUGGAGCCUGUUUCAGAUUCUGUGUCCCCCUCUCUCUCUGCUCCUCCCCUGUUCAUGCUCUGUCUCUCUCUGUCUCAAAAAUAAAUAAAAGUUAAAAAAAAAUUAAAAAAAAAUGAAAUG